AUGCUAUCGGAGAUAUAUGACAAACCAGGAUGGAAGGUACGAGGUGAUUUUAUCGCUCCUCAAUCAGAUCAACGAUAUCCAUUUUUACCCCGUCUCAGACAUGCGGUUAUUUGUGUCGUCAUUGUUGUGAGGUACUUGAUCCAUGUAGUAGUAUGUUGGUGGAAAGGCCAGAAAGUAUUUCUAAAUAUUUUCCAAAGAUUACGGCAUAAUCCAUUUGCUGGCGUUCCAUGUGGUGGUAUUGGUUGUGGUGGGAUUGGACGUGAUUUUCGCGGUGGAUUCUGUCGGUUUUCAUUGUUACCUGGAAUAGUUGAACAACAAAUCACGUGUAUAUUGAAAGCAGUAAGUAAUAUAAAAGCCGUAAAUCGUGUUGUAAAGUAA